AUGGUGCUCACUCACCUGAUUCUUCUAGCUACUACUACAGCGAAGUUUGUAGCGGCACUGCCUUUGGACAGUAACACGUCGCCUCUGCCUCGUUCAGAUGUUUACUUCAACGUCCAGCAAGCGGCUGCAGGCGCAGUACCUCUGGAUAAACAGCUGAUGGGGCUGUCCAUUGAAUUUGGGAACGCAGUAGACUAUUUUGGUGGUGUCGACAAUCCCAACGCCUUUUCGAAACAACUUCUACAGAACAUCGUUGAUCGGUCUCGGAAUCCAGCUAUUCUACGCAUAGGUGGUAAUACUCAAGAUCGAGCUAGCUUCUGCGAGAACUGUAACCAGACAAUGAGCAGCAUUGUACUAAACGACCCCAAUGACCCCAAGGGCACCGAAGCAGUGGAGGUCACGUUCAACAAGAACUUAUUUAAUGUCCUGACGACCAACGUGCCAACUGGAACUCCGAUCAUUUUUGGGCUCAACUUUCGCAACAACAGCUACAGCCUGGCCCAAGCUGAGAUAGAUAGUGCCUUCAGAUACAUCGAUCAGUCUCUGGUCAUGGCAUACGAACUAGGCAAUGAAGUGAACCUGUAUGGAGACUUUCGACCACCGGACUACGACGUGAAUGAUUAUGCCAGUCAAAUGCGUGAAUGGAUACCACGUCUCCGAGCUCGCUCGUCCGCCACUUCCAGCUUCCAGUUUCCAUCAUUUGCAGGCCCGGAAUUAUUCAAGCCGGAUAUGAGUAUCUCGGAACUAGUGAGACUAAACGUACCACAGUCCAUUCCAGGAAUCGAAUACUUCUCUGUCCAUGGCUACCCUUGGAAUAUAUGCACGGACGAAGACGCCGCCAAAGUCGACCUACGAAACCUCCUCGACCACCAACAGACCCUAGCCCUCCUUGAUCAAUACAGCAGCGAGAUAUCCGCCGCAAAGCCACUGGGAAAAAUGAUCCACAUGGGCGAAACAGGCUCCGUUGCCUGCCACGGGAAGGACGGGGUAUCGAACACGCUUGGCGCAGCACUCUGGCAACUAGACUACGCACUCACUGGCGCCACAGCUGGGAUUGAUCGAUUCUUCUUCCAUAACGGCAAAGGCGACUUUUAUUAUUCUACGUGGGAGCCGUUGCCGACGGAUACAUCGCCAGUUCCCCAUAUUAACCCUACAUACUAUAGCAUGCUCUUCAUUGCGGAUCUCGUAGCAGACCUUAAGGUUCCUAGGGUCGCGCCGAUCACGUCGCUUGAUUCCAGUUCCGCUGUGCAUUUUGCUAUUUACGAUAAUGACCAGAUCCAGAAGCUUGUUAUCUUGAAUAUGGCGUACUUUAACGGGACAACUACCCGGUCGAGAAGGGAGUUCAACGUUGCCUCUAGCCUUGGGUCCAACCUAAGGGUUAGACGCUUGACGGGCCAAAGUUCCGAUGCGAGAACUGGCGUGACUUGGGCUGGUCAGAGUGUCGACGCGAGCGGGAGCAUCAUAGGUGACUUGAGCAUCGAGAAGGUCUCGACUGGCCUCGUAACUCUGCUCUCUUCGGAGGCUGUCAUAGUAGAACGAGAGUGA